GUUCAACUUGAAAAACACAAAUGAACCAUUUUCAUUCGUCUCACCGUCUUAUGCAUAAACGUGUGAUGGUCUUCUCGCUAAUUGAGUCUCGAAAAUGGUUUACAGUCAAUGGAAGGCAAAGAUUGUGCCAUCCAUUGCCAUAUCUGAGAGUAGGGCAUAUGUGCGUACAAAUUAUGUUCAAAACCAGUGGAGGGAGGAGACCUAAGAAGAAAAUGUACUAUAGAGAAAAUGAUCUAGACAGAGUCAUGGAGCUUCAGAAGAAACCAUCAUUGAUUUUACGCUUAAAAUCCAUAAUUCAAUCACAGAGAAAACAAUGUGUCCUUCUUAGAGACCUUGAGAAAGAAGUUGGAUUUGUGCAGAAGUGGAAUUUCAUGGGUAUUAUUGAAAAAUAUCCUACGAUAUUCCGUGUCACCGGUGGUAAUGGAACUCCACCGAUGGUUAUGCUGACUGAAAAGGCUGAUAAAAUAGCACUAGAAGAAGAUAAAGCAAGAGUGCAAAUGGAACCUAUUUUGGUCAAGAAUCUAAGGAAGUUGUUAAUGUUGUCGGUUGAUUGCACGUUGCCACUGGAAACCAUUCAACUGAUUGAGAAUGACUUGGGCUUGCCUAAUGACUUCAGGCAAUCGCUGAUUCCAAAAUACCCAAAAUUUUUCUCAGUGAAAGACGUGAAUGGAAGAACAUCCCUUCAGUUAGAAAAUUGGGAUUCUUAUCUAGCUGUCACUGCCCGGGAGGAAAGGUUGGCGUGUGAAGGGAUCCUGACUUCAAAAGAGAAGGUUAGAGUAUUGAAAGAUGGAAACUACUUUGGUCCCUUCGCGUUUCGAAUGCAUUAUCCUGCAGGAUUUAGGCCGAAUAUGAACUACCUUAAGGAAAUUCAGAAAUGGCAGAAGAUGGAGUUCCCUUCUCCAUACUUGAAUGCUAAAGGAUUUGAACUUGCUGAUCCCAAAGCUCAAAAGAGAGUAGUCGCAGUGCUUCACGAGCUCCUCAGUUUGACUAUGGAAAAGAGGUUGACAUCUGCUCAAAUAGAUGCAUUUCAUUCCGAGUUACGGUUACCAGCUAGACUUUUGCUUUGCUUAAUCAAACAACACGGUAUAUUCUACAUCACUAAUAAAGGUGUCAGGAGUACCGUGAUACUUAAAGAGGCUUAUGAUGGGUCUAAUUUGAUCUGUAAAUGCCCUCUGUUAUUAUUUAGGGAUAAGUUUAUAGCACUUACAGGAAGAAGCGAUAUUGAUUCAUGUAUCAGUGCUCCAACAUAGUUUAUAUAAUGAGAAGAAUGGUUGACACUGUAUUCUGUUCUUUUUACCCUGUUUCUCAUGGGUCUUGAUCUGUAUUGUGUUAAUCAGUAAUACGAAUGGUCAAGAUAUUGGCAAUGAUGUAGCUUUGGAACUUGGAUGCAGCUUUUGUAUUCAAUUCUAUGUUGAAAACAAUUAAGUACUGAAUCAAUCAUAUUUAUUGGAAUUUUAGAGCCUAGAGGCAUGCUGAAAGAAAGAGAGAUGGUGUGAACUUGAAUAUCUUGAGAACUAUCCUGGAGAUCAACUAAUUUUUGUUUUGAAUUUUUCCUGAAAGUUGCUUUUUGGCGUUCUUGUCUGUGUAUGUCACAACAUUCUCUAUUUAUCCUCCUUAAUCAUAAUUUUAGUUGGCAUUCUGUUUAACUUCUUUUUAGAGGUCAUAGAGAAGUUCCUGUAUUCCCUGGAAGCUGUACUGCUGGUAGCAAUAAAUAAUAAAAGCUUCUCUCU